AUGUCUCAAAUGUCUGUAGAUAAUGUCGUAAAGGUCGCAAACAUUUCACCGCUUGUAUCAGAACCUAUUUUAAAAGAAUUAUUCGAAUAUUUGGGUGAAGUUGAAAAUAUAAAUCUAUACAACAGUCCUCACGGCGAUGGUGUUCAAGAAUGUAUGAUAGAGUUUAGGGAGACGGAAUCGGCUAUAACGGCCUUACAUUUGACUGGUGUGGAAAUAGGGGGUCGAUCUUUAAUGGUUUCAUCGACUACUCUAAACGUUAAUACGAGUUCAUAUCAAACACAACUUCCGAUUUUACCUCAAAUUCUUCCACAAACGAUAUCUCCACCUAGACCACUUCCAACAAAACAGCCACAAUCUAUGCCCACAAGACCAAUUAUAUCACCUUUGGCCUUAUCAUUUUCUGCAACUUCUCUAGCUGCCUUAAGAGCAAAUCCUUCUAUUUCUCCUACUGUUGCUCAAUUUGAUCCCGCGAAGGCAGAAGAAAUUUCGAGAACUGUUUAUAUAGGAAAUAUCAAUUCUUCAAUAUCAGAACCAGAAUUGACACAAUUCUUUUCAGCAUGUGGGCCAGUUGCUUACGUAAAAAUGGCGGGAGAUCCUGCUCAACCGACAAGAUUCGCAUUUUUAGAGUUUGCAACUUUUGAAGGAGCCCAAGCCGCUAUGCAAAUGAAUGGAGUUAUGUUGGCUACUAUGCGUCGUGUUAGGGAAGCCCAAUUAAGAAUUGCAAAUAGAUUAAAUACUGAUGGUCCGACAGCAGAUAAUUCUCCUUCCACAUCUACUAAUGAUGUUGAAAUGACGGAUGUUAAUUCACCAGCUGCUGAACAAAAUGUACCUCGUAGUCGAUCUAAAUCCGACAUACACGUCGAUCCCGAUCCCGUUCAAGAGAACGUGAAAGAGGUUUGA